CAUACGCGGUUUCUUCAGUCAAACUUCAACAUCAUCUCAACCUUAAAAUCAUCUCUCAAUCCUCAGCUUCACCAUCCAACAUCUUUCUCAUGAAAAACUAACUACCUUUUCCACUAUUCAAAACCCAACACACUCAAACUUGUACACUCUGCAUCUCAACUUGUACACAAUAAAAGAUAUGGACCCUCCUUGUGUUUAUAUCAUCAAUGAGCUAAAACAAGGGGUGGAGUUAGCCAUGCAUCUAAAGUCCAUUUUGAGUUCAGAAUCCUCCUCUGAGACAAAACAGAUUUUGAUACAGGAAAUCAUAUCAUCAUAUGAUAGAGCUAUCUUGAUGGUCAACUGGGGCGACUCCGGUGGUCAAACAGCACCACUAGCACUAGCACCAUCAACGCUCAGCCAACCCGAGUCAUCGGUUUCCAUCAACGAGACCCCACGAAGCCAUGAUUUCGAUCAGCCAUUCGAUAAUCAACAAGACGAGAAAGUUUCAUCUAAGAAGAGGAAGACAAUGCCAACGUGGCAGGACCAGAUUCGAAUCUCGACUGACAACGGGUUGGAGGGAAAUACUGACGACGGUUACGGUUGGAGGAAGUACGGACAGAAAACCAUAUUGGGAGCUAAAUUUCCAAGAAGCUAUUACAGAUGCACUUAUCGACAUGCCCAAAACUGCAUGGCAAGAAAACAAGUGCAAAGAACCGAUGAGGACCCCACCGUGUUCGAUAUCUCAUACAAAGGGCAGCACACGUGCAACCCUACCACUAAACCUUCGGUACAACAGCCAGAGUCACCCGAAAAACACGAGGUCAAACAACAUAACUACCAAAGACCGCUACCACCAAAAUCCGGAGAGAUGCUAUCAAACCUCAAAGAAAACCUCAGAGUUAACACCUCGGAUUUGGAUGCUACAUCGCCAUGUGCAUUUUCCUUCCCUCCGGCAUCAUUUGAAACCAUCGAAAACUACCAUGAUUUUAAUUUUUUGCAAGGAUCGCCUUCGGGGUCAAACUACUUCACAGAAUGGGGAAAUGACUUUCAGCAUUACGACGACCCAAAUCUGUCGGGAAGGAUCUCAACCACUGCUUCAGCUACAAAUUCUCCAUUGGCUUUUCCCGCUGAUCCACAGGAUUUUAGCCCGUUUAACAAUUCGGGUUUUUUAAUCUGAUUUAUAGGAACAUUAUAGUCACGGGAAACACCAACGAGAAAAAAAACGGACAUGAAUAAUGUAGCAUUAAUUUUUGAACUGCCAAUAGUUGCAGAUAGAGAUGCUUACUAGCGUCAAUAAAUUGUCUCCGUACAACAGAAGCAUCCAAACCCA